AUGGUGGAGUUGAGUGAUAGUGUCGGAGGAACUGUUACUUCAUCUUACGCUGUCCAAGACCGAACUCAAGUGGCCGAAGUUGACCCUUCUAUGAUAAUUGAAUAUGUGGAGGAUGACUUUACCGAUUUUCAACCUUGUACAAUUUGCGGGCAAGCCGACAACGAGGAUGUCCUCCUUUUAUGCGAUGGGUGUGAUGCACCUUCCCAUCUAUAUUGUCUAGGUUUGGACGAGAUCCCUUCGGGAUCAUGGUACUGCCAACAAUGCAUGGAGCUACGUGCUAUGGGACCGGCUCCCGAGGUAUCGGCUCGGCCAUCUCGGGCGAUCGAGCAACGGAGUCGACGAACUAGGGCUCAGCAGAGACGACUGCAGAAUCGAACCCAGACGAAUUCUCUCCAUUGGGCACGAGUCUGGCAAUCUGUCUGGGAUCAUUUGAAUCUCGAUCUUGAUUUCCCUUUCGAUGACGAUCGAUCUGCUGAACGUGCGAUACAACAACGCCGUCGUGAGGAGGCCAACCAACGUGAAUUCCAAGCUUGGCAACGUCGCUUUGAGAUCGCUGAGCGACAAGGUGGUGGCAGUCGGUUUCGCGACACGGCAUCCCUGUUCGAUCUUGACCAUGCCCGCCCAUCGCGACCUCGGGUGCCUAGAGUUCCGACACCGGAACCCGAAUCCCUGGAGGAGAUGCGAGCUUGGAACGCCUUCGAGAGGGCCCGGGAAAUCGAAAACAACCCGAGUGCAGCCAGGAAGCGCAAAGAACCGACCAUGUCGCCGUCCCCUGAGCCCACGGAACCAGAGCGCAAGUUGAAGCGUCCUCGAACGAGGAGGCCGCAGGAGCUCGCAGCUCGCGCACAGCAAACUCAAAAUGGCGAAUCAUCUAGAGCUGCGAGCUCCAAUCUUCAACAUCUGUCGCUCCUACCGACCACCCAUCUCCUGGUCCCUCUUCUCCCUCCAUAUCUCCUGCCUCAUCUCGUUACUCUUCCCCUCUCCUCACAGCGGCCACACCACCGCCUUUCCCACGAAGCCGUCCCAUCUCUCCUCUUCAACUAUCCUCCCCCCGCCGAACCCUCAUCUCCUCCGUUCUCACCCGAGGUGUCCGCAUCGGGUAGUCCAUCUACAAAUAGCGCCAAAGAAGACAAACCACACCGUCAGCCCGGCCGUCCGCGCUCCCGGAUCCCCCAACGUGCACUGUAUCUCGGGGCCUCCCGUUCACCCGACUCAUCACCCACUCGAGCUGGUCCAUCCUUAGCCCUCAAAGCCGACAUCCAGAAAAUGGUGGGCGCAGGAUUAAAACCCCAUUAUAAGAAGAAGACCAUCUCAAAAGAGCAAUAUACGAACAUCAACCGCUCCAUCUCUCGUAUGCUCUACGAGCGGGUCGGCGAUAAGGAAACACUUGAGCCGGAUGAACGCACCAACCUCGAAACAGAGGCCAGGCAUGAAGUACAGAAUACAAUUGACGCACUGAAGGCGAAGAGCAAAGAUAAGCAGAAACAGCGUAUGGUGGCGACUGACACAGACGGUGAUCUAUAA